AUGUCAAUUGAGCAAGUACAAGGUCAAGAAUCUCAACAUGUGUCCGCAAUGAAAAAUUUGCUGAAAAAUGUCGAAAAUGAUUCCGAUUGUUUUAAAAAUGUAGCAAUAUCUAUUAAUGGAGAUUGUAAAAAAUUAGAAACUUCUGAAGACAAUAGAAAAAAAUAUGCAAUUUUGCUGACAAAAUGCAUUGUAGAAAGCGCUAACACGGUAAUGCCUAAAAUAUGUAACGAAAUUGACGACGAAUUAAAUAUUAAGAGAUGUGUUGAAUAUCAAACUGGAAUUUUUCAAAUGUGCAACUCUUUGUCAAUUAAAAUAAAAAUAGAUAAUAUUGUUUAUUAUCACCGGACGAAUACGAAUAAUUUGAUGAAAUAUCUUAAACUUAUUUUACAAUCAAACAAAAAGCGGGAAGAAGAACAAGAGCAAAGUAUCAAAGAAAUGAAACAGGAGUUUAUGGAAUUUAAUGAAUUCAUUAUGGAUACUUCAAGAAAAAAUGCAAAACGAGUUAUCAAGGAUUUUUCUGGAGAUAUUGUACAACAUAUUAUUCAGUACCAACAAACAAUAAAGGAUGAUUUAGAAAACACAUUAGAAAUUAUUCAGGAUGCUUCUGAAAAAAUAGUUGAUAAAUUUAAUAAGCAUAAAGAAAUAGUUGACUCGACUUUAAAAGAUACUCAAGAAAAAAUUCAAUUCUACACGAAUAUCAUCAAAGAAAUUGUUGAA